CGACGGCGGUUCAGGAGGAAGAUGAGGAGGAGGAGGAGGGAGAGGAGCUGGAGGAAGAGGAGGGGGAGGAGGAGGGAGAGGAGCUGGAGGAAGGGGAGGACUCCGACUCUGGGAACCGGGGAGAGCGGAGUGAUGCUGCAGCCUCCGGUACUGAGACCCGUGAACGGUGGUCCGCCGCUAAACACGGCCCGGGCAGAAAGGAUGGUGGGCAGGAGAGCCACAGGAUUGCCCCGUCUCCGGUGGUCCAUGUCCGGGGUCUCUGUGAGGCGGUGGUGGAGGCCGACCUGGUUGACGCUCUGGAGAAGUUUGGCAACAUCUGCUAUGUGAUGAUGAUGCCAUUCAAGCGCCAGGCGCUGGUGGAGUUUGACGGCAUGGAGAGCGCAGAGCAAUGCGUAGCGUGCAGCGCCAGGGAACCUGUCUACAUUGCUGGUCAGCAGGCCUUCUUCAACUUCUCCACCAGCAAGAGAAUCACCAGGCCCACCAACGCCGAUGACCCCAAAAGUGGAAACAAGGUUCUGCUGCUGUCCAUCCAGAACCCACUGUACCCAAUCACCACGGAUGUGCUGUACACCGUGUGUAACCCUGUCGGAAGCGUUCUGCGAAUCGUCAUCUUCAAACGAAACGGCAUCCAGGCCAUGGUAGAAUUUGAGUCGGUGGAGUUGGCCCAGAAAGCCAAGCUGGCGCUGAAUGGCGCCGACAUCUACGCCGGCUGCUGCACCCUGAAGAUUGAGUACGCCCGGCCCAGCAGACUCAACGUGGUUCGUAACGACAACGCCAGCUGGGACUACACCAGGCCCUUCCUGCUACGCAGAGAUCAGGGGAAGAGCAGGCAGAGACAAGCUAUCUUGGGCCACCACCCAUCCUCUUUCACUGACAAUGGACACGGCUCACACUGCCCCCUGCUGCCCCUGCCCGGUAACAGCAGGUACAGGGGGCGCAUGGAGGUGUCAGACGUGGUCUCCUACCCGCUCCCCCAAGCCUCCUUCUCCUCCUACAUGGGCCACUCCUCCAGCUCCGUCGCCAUGGUGAGCAGCCUCCACCCUGCCAAGAUGAACUGCACGCGCAUCUUCAACCUCUUCUGUCUCUACGGCAACAUCGAGAAGGUGAAGUUCAUGAAGAGCGUCCCUGGCACGGCGCUGGUGGAGAUGGGGGAUGAGUACGCUGUGGACCGAGCCAUCACACAUCUCAACAGCAUCAAAGUCUUCAGCAAGAGACUCAACGUAUGUGUCUCCAAGCAGCAGGCGGUGAUUCCCAGUCAGGUGUUUGAGCUGGAGGACGGCAGCAGCAGCUACAAAGACUUCUCCAUGACCCGCAACAACCGCUUCAGCAGCGUCGGCCAGGCCUCCAAGAACAUCAUCCAGCCGCCGGCCGCCGUGCUGCACUUCUACAACGUGCCGUCCUGCGUCAGCCAGCAGCAGCUGCAACAGUUAUGUACAGACAACCACAUUCCAGGAUUCAUCAAGUUCAAAGUCUUCGAUGCCAAACCAAACUCUAAGACCAUUUCCGGCCUGUUGGAGUUUGAUGAUAAAACCCAGGCAGUGGAGGUUCUGACGGUGCUGAACCACUACCAGAUCCGAAUACCCAAUGGCUCCAACCCCUACACCCUGAAACUCUGUUUCUCCACCUCCUCACAUCUCUGAAGACCAUCCAAGAUGGCCGCUGCACACAGUGCUCCACAAAGGACACGAGAGGAAAUUUAUCAGAAAAAAGAAAAAAAAAGACUGUGGAGAGAUGACAUGUGGGGGGGGGGGGUGUCCCAGCAGUUUUGUAUUUGUUUAUGAACAGUGGGAGUGGUUUUAUUUUCUGUCUCUUUUCUUGUUUGCUGGAUGGUCUGAUGGUGUUCAGAGCGACCAGAGCCGAUACUCGCCAAACCGACUCCAUGAGGAGGAAACCUGCUCAGCGCUGGCAUUCUCCUCCGGGAUGGAGAGACAAUUCCUAAAAUGAUGUCAGUGGCCAGCAGAUCUGAAUCUGAAACAGUACUCUAGAAGUCUCACAGGAAGUUGAAUCUGGACACAACAGCUGUUGACAGAUACGUUUCAUCACUCAAUGCACAGUUAAGUGGAGCUACGGUUACAGCUCGAUUAGGCCAUGUAAUUGGACUACUGUCGUUGUCCCAGUAUACAAGAACCGGGGGAGAAUCGAUUUACAUUAUCGAUUUACAUUAUCUAGUUGAACUGGUCCGACUUCGAGAAAUUCGAUUUAGUACAAUUUCAGUCGGACUAACACGUUUACAUGUAUUUUGAAAGUCCAGUUUUAGUUGGACUAACACAAUAAAUCCACUUUUUCUAACAUCAUGUAAACGUACUGACUCAUCUAAGUGACCUCUUCAGUCUCAACUGGCUGCAGGUGUCAUCACCUUUAUAAACAAUACAGUGGCAUAACCACCCAAACCAACGACCAGUUUCAUAUGCAAAUAUGGGUGUGACCAUUAACUAGAGUUACGAUGGCCAUGUGGACUAUUCACAAAGGGUUGGAUUUUGGAGGCUGGAGUUAAAAUGUGAUCUGUGUUCAGUCAAAGAGAUCUCUCUAGAAUUCUCUCUAGAGUUCUCCCUUGAGUUCUCUCUGGAGUUCUUCCUAGAGUUCUCCGGGCUCUGUCUGGAGCUCUCUCUAGAGUUCUCCCUGGGGUUCUCUCUGGAGUUCUUCUUAGAGUUCUCCGGGCUCUGUCUGGAGCUCUCUCUAGAGUUCUCCCUGGGGUUCUCUCUGGAGUUCUUCCUAGAGUUCUCCGGGUUCUCUCUGGAGCUCUCUCUAGAGUUCUCCCUGGGGUUCUCUCUGGAGUUCUCGCAAAAUUUCUCUCUAGAAUGUAAAAAAAUUUUCAGAAAAUGAUCGCUGGCCUAAAACACACAAGUCAUUAUGGAUUACUAGUGAAGCUAACAACCGUGGUACCCAAACAGCCAGACUGUGGAGGCUGGUAUCCUGGUGUGUGACAUGUAGACGUGGGCAGCAGUUGUUUUUAAUAACAAAUGUAGAGCGUUCUGUAUUUAAAUCUUUAAGGUGGUAUUUUCAUUAAAAGCUGAACCAAACUACAUUGUACUGACCGACAAUAGGCCAGAGACGACCCUAAGAGGACGCUGGUCCAGCCAGAGGACUAUGUCUUCACAUCUGCACUAGAAGAGAUUAAUCACUGUUUGUAAGAAAACCUCUGUUCACUGACUGUAACAUAGACUGUUACAAUGUAGAUAUGUGUUUCACCAGCCAGCUGUUACUGUUACUGGCACCAUGUCACCAUGUCACCUAGACAUGAUGUAGAUAUGUGUUUCACCAGCCAGCUGUUACUGUUACUGGCACCAUGUCACCAUGUCACCUAGACAUGAUGUAGAUAUGUGUUUCACCAGCCAGCUGUUACUGUUACUGGCACCAUGUCACCAUGUCACCUAGACAUGAUGUAGAUAUGUGUUUCACCAGGCAGCUGUUACUGUUACUGUUACUGGCACCAUGUCACCAUGUCACCUAGACAUGAUGUAGAUAUGUGUUUCACCAGCCAGCUGUUACUGUUACUGGCACCAUGUCACCAUGUCACCUAGACAUGAUGUAGAUAUGUGUUUCACCAGCCAGCUGUUACUGUUAUUGGCACCAUGUCACCAUGUCACCUAGACAUGAUGUAGAUAUGUGUUUCACCAGGCAGCUGUUACUGUUACUGUUACUGGCACCAUGUCACCAUGUCACCUAGACAUGAUGUAGAUAUGUGUUUCACCAGCCAGCUGUUACUGUUACUGUUACUGGCACCAUGUCACCAUGUCACCUAGACAUGAUGUAGAUAUGUGUUUCACCAGCCAGCUGUUACUGUUACUGGCACCAUGUCACCAUGUCACCCAGACAUGAUGUAGAUAUGUGUUUCACCAGCCAGCUGUUACUGUUACUGGCACCAUGUCACCUAGACAUGAUGUAGAUGUGUGUUUCACCAGCCAGCUGUUACUGUUACUGUUAGUAACUGUUACUGUUACUGGCACCAUGUCACCAUGUCCCAUAGACAAGCAGCUUGUUACAGUGUUACACAUGUUUAUUAA